GGUACAGCCACAGAGAGCUUGCACUUCAGCUCAGCGUUCAGUACAGCACGGUCGCUCUUAGCCUCUGUCCGGCCACCCUCUUCAUUUUAGUUUCUUUUGGAGGCACUUUGUGCACACAAACACUAAACCGCCAUGGAUGCCAUCAAGAAGAAGAUGCAGAUGCUCAAGCUCGACAAGGAAAAUGCCUUGGACAGAGCUGAGCAGGCUGAGUCAGACAAGAAGGCAGCCGAGGACAGGAGCAAACAGUUAGAGGAUGAAAUUAAUGAAUUGGAAAAGAAAUUACGUGUUACCGAAGACGACAGGGAUAGACUGCUCGAGGGGUUCCAGUCUGCUGAAGAAAAACUGCUAAGUUCUGACGAAAACGCCACAAAGCUUGACGAUGAGCUGGUGGCUCUCCAGAAAAAGCUCAAGGGAACUGAAGAUGAGCUGGACAAAUACUCUGAGGCAUUGAAAGAUGCCCAGGAGAAACUGGAACUGGCCGAGAAGAAAGCCACCGAUGCUGAGGCUGAUGUAGCUUCCCUGAACAGACGCAUCCAGCUGGUUGAGGAGGAGUUGGAUCGUGCUCAGGAGCGACUGGCCACUGCCCUGCAGAAGCUGGAGGAGGCUGAGAAGGCAGCUGAUGAGAGUGAGAGAGGCAUGAAGGUUAUUGAGAACAGAGCCCUGAAGGAUGAGGAGAAGAUGGAGCUGCAGGAGAUCCAGCUUAAAGAGGCCAAGCACAUUGCUGAGGAGGCUGACCGCAAAUAUGAAGAGGUUGCACGUAAGCUGGUGAUCAUUGAGAGUGAUCUGGAGCGUACUGAGGAGCGUGCUGAGCUGUCAGAAGGCAAAUGUGCUGAGCUUGAAGAAGAAUUGAAAACUGUGACCAACAACCUGAAGUCACUGGAGGCUCAGGCCGAGAAGUACUCACAGAAGGAAGACAAGUAUGAGGAGGAGAUCAAGGUCCUCACUGACAAACUGAAGGAGGCUGAGACCCGUGCUGAGUUCGCUGAGAGGACCGUUGCCAAGCUUGAGAAGAGCAUUGAUGACUUGGAAGAGAAACUGGCACAGGCUAAAGAAGAGAACCUCAAUAUGCACCAGAUGCUGGAUCAGACUCUUCUGGAACUGAACAAUCUGUGAAAGCUUGUGUUCACUCCCACUAUUACACCUCGCUUGCCAUGAAACCCCUGGAAAAGACAGAAAAGCCUUUGAAAUUGCACCAUGAAAAAAGUUGUAUUUUACACCAUUCCAUGUUCUCUGGAUCUCCGACACAGGACAGAGGCCCGGGGAUAGGGGCAGCUCUUCCUACGGCAAGCCAAAGGAGAGGAACACUAGUAUAGAUACAAACUGAUAUUUAAAUUUAAUGCUGUCUACAUUUUGUAUUGGGUUAUUUUGCAACAUAGGGCAUGAUGAUGUUUAUUAUUUUUUAUUAUAAUUAUGAUUUUUUUUUUUGCUCUAUCUAGUAUGAAUAUUUGCACAUUUUAUUUGCAAUGAAAGAAUCUGUUCAUGUUGCAUUCCUAGAAAUAAAUGCUUGGGCUGUGCAUUUUUAAA